UCCUCCCGGCCGGAGGGGUCGCUGUGCCAACUACCGACCUCCACACGGACACUGCAGGCGCUCGGACGGGGGCGGAGGCGCAGCUGGGCGGGCGGAGCGGUGGGGGGCGGUGUCGCCGCGGUAUAGGGGCGGUGUCAGCGCCGGCGCGGUGGUCUUUGCGCCAUGGCCGCGUCGAUGUUUUGCUGCCUGCGGUGCUGCAGGGACAGCGGGACGGGCCACAUUCCUCUGAAGGAGAUGCCGGCCGUGCAGCUAGACACGCAGCACAUGGGAACAGAUGUUGUCAUUGUGAAAAAUGGAAGAAGAAUAUGUGGAACAGGAGGUUGUCUAGCCAGUGCACCUUUACAUCAAAACAAAAGCUAUUUUGAAUUCAAAAUCCAAUCCACAGGAAUCUGGGGUAUUGGUGUUGCGACUCAGAAGGUAAACCUGAACCAGAUUCCUCUUGGCCGAGACAUGCAUAGUCUUGUGAUGAGAAAUGAUGGAGCCCUGUACCACAACAAUGAAGAGAAAAAUAGGCUACCAGCAAACAGCCUUCCACAGGAGGGAGAUGUUGUGGGUAUUACAUAUGACCAUGUAGAAUUAAAUGUAUAUUUGAAUGGAAAAAACAUGCAUUGUCCAGCAUCAGGCAUACGAGGGACAGUGUAUCCAGUUGUUUAUGUUGAUGACAGUGCAAUUUUGGACUGCCAGUUCAGUGAAUUUUAUCAUACUCCUCCACCAGGAUUUGAAAAAAUACUGUUCGAACAGCAGAUCUUUUGAAUGUAUUUGGUUUUGAAUAUUAUAUUUCUGCACUGUUUAAAUGUUUACUAUUUAAUAAAGCUUUACCUGAUCUAUAGAUGAAAAUAUAUUCUUAAAAAUUUGCUUGUGGAUGUUGUCUAAGGAAUCAAUAUGUUCACCAUACACUCAAAAGUUAUGAUUUAAAAUACGCUGUGUGAUAUGAAAAUCAACAUUUUAGGGAAUUUAUUUAAUUCUUAUUUAACUAAAUAGAACUAUGGGUUUGAGUAGCAGUAUUACACAGUAAUAUGUAUAUAAAUAUUUAAAAGGGACUUUCUUAUAUAAAAUAUUUGUAUUGUUAAAGGUGUAGAAUUGUGUUGUCAUUCUGAAAUUUAGACCUCAUUAAUUUAAGUGUGUAGUCCAGUAAUUUUUGCCGUCAUCUUUUAUAUACACUGUAACAGUUGGCAAAAGUGUAUAUUAUUGGCAACUUCAUUUUGGUGAUCUGUCAUGUUAAUGUACUAUUUUUCUUAAAACUUAAAUUUGCUUAUUUUGUUGUGUUGUAUCUCUGCUUUGGACUUGCUUUGUGAAGGGAGACAAAGAGUAAUGAUUACAGCAUUUUGUUGAAGACCGUCAUACUGUGUAAUUUCAAUACCUAAGUAAGUAAUGGUUGAUUAGUGGUGUAGUUCACAUUGGCUGGCACGUAGACUAGGUAUGAUGCUUUAAAUUUAGAUGAGGCUAUUCUUUCAAGAGCUUUUAUUUAAAUCUGUGUUUUCUAUAAGGAAUAACAAAAUAAUAGCAAUUAAAGAAUAUUCAGUUCUAUAUUAAAUACAUUCUUCCUGCUUUGUUCAUGUACAGUGAAUUCAUUUCGCCCUUGAUUAUUUUAGCAGUUUAGAUACUAUAUAAAUGAGUCCUCUCUAUGACCUAGCUUUCAGUGAGUUAUUGUCCUUUACUUAACUCCCUGAUGAACUGACCUGAUCACAUCUUUAGGCACAUUCCUUUUCAAGUAAGCAUGUGUGGGACACAGAUUUCACUUCUUUUAUCGACAAGAAGCAGUACAAUAUAUUGUGCUAGAAAAAACUUGAGCAUUAGAAUUAGAAGAAGAUCUGAAUUGUAGUUCUGCUGCCUGACACCAUUGAGUGAGCUCCUCAGUGCCUCCAAGCUCCAGGUUUUUCAACUUAUGAAAGGGUAAUCAUACUGAUUAAGAUUCUGUAACUAGUUAAUAAGUAUGUAUGUGAAACACCUUAUCGUACACACUGAAUAAAUGCAGUUUGCAUGUCUGUGAAGCGGUGGUUUUCAGACUGUGCCUCAGGCCUGCAGCAUCACCUGGGAACUUGUUAGAGUAAUGGACACUCAGGCCCCAACCUGACCCCUAGAUGAGAACCUGUUGGGGUUUGCACCAGGAAUCAGUGCUUGAGCACUCAGACAGAUCUGAUGCAUAUUAAAGUUUGAGAACCACUACUCUGCAGAGGCUUCUUUGAGAAUUAUUGCUUUGAUAAAAAUUUUCUAAGGAUCUAAGACAGUCUUUUUACUCAUAAGCUAGAAAACUCCUGCACAGUGCUUAUUAUUUGGUAGAUAAAAUAUGACGAUGUGUUUUGAAAAUGCAAAUAUCCUUGAGUAACUUAUUUACUAACAUGUAAAAAAAUCACACAUUUUACCCGUAAAGAUAUGUGGAGUUGAACUAGCUAUGUGUUGUAUUUUUUUCAUCUGAUUUUAUGUCAUAGUAAUUUUAAUUCAUAAAGAACAUA